AGGCAUGACCACCACCCACCCAACACCAGUAUUUCACAAUUUUUUAGUGUCACAUUAUACGUAAUUAUUGGCUUAAUUCAUAUAUUUAUAAACAAAAAAAAUAACCGUGUUAUAAUUAAUUUAAUCAACUUGUCUGUUGUUUCUGGAAGUUUUCGGGGAGACAUGCUGAGACCUUAGAUUCCACGUUUAACUCCCAAACAUUGUAGGUAAUUCCCCCGUAAGUGUUACAGCCGAGUGUGAAAGAUUCUAGAUAAUACAAUUGUAUCUAUAUAAGUUUGCCUAUAACCCUUUUGCCGGACUGUUGUUGGCAAUUGAAAUAAUUGCAAGCGCAAAUGUUACCGAAUGGGCAAAAAACAAAUUAAUUGACUUGCGCACGCUGCGAAUCCCCGUCUAUACAUCCAGCUUCAUGGGUUCUAUAUAAAGUCGGGGUCCAUGAUAGACACAGAUUCAGUUUCUGUUCAGAGCCGUCAAAACGAAAAUGCUUUCGAAAUCGCAGCUGUUACUGCUCGUAGUCGGGUUCUGCCUGAAUGCUGCCGCGUUGGCCGAUGUAGACUGCAGCAAGCGUCCCACCUUUGUGGAUCCCAAAACAUGCUGUCCCAUGCCGGAUUUCGUUACCGCUGAGCUAAAGGAGAAGUGUGCCCAGUUUAAUAUGACUCCUCCGCCUCCAACCGAUGGAGAUGCCAGUGGUUCCUUCGAGAGCAAGCGUCGCCAUCAUCAUCCCCAUCCGCCACCAUGCUUCUUCUCCUGCAUCUUUAAUGAAACUGGCAUCUAUACCAACCGGAGCCUGAAUCAGGACAAGCUUGAGAGCUAUGUUCAGGUGGUGUACAAGGACAGCACCGAUCUGCAGACCACGGCCAUAGAGGCCUUUACCACUUGUGCCAUCAAGGUGGCCGAAUUUGAAGCCAAUUUACCUAUGCGCCCAUCCCCGCGACCUGGACGUCCAUCUCCACCACCUGGCAUGCCCUUCUGUCCUCAUGACGCUGGACACCUGAUGGGUUGCGUGUUCCGGAAUCUGAUGAAGAACUGCCCGGCUUCCAUAAGGAACGAUUCGCAGCAGUGCACCGACAUGAAGGAGUUCUUCACCAAGUGCAAGCCGCCUCGUGGACCUCCUCCGCCCUCAGCAGAGGAAAUGUAAAGACAUCCCUAUUCGUAUCCCGCAAAGACAAUACCUCUCCAGUCAGAACAUUUAACUUUUUUUUGCUCGUUCUUUUGAUUUCAACCAAUAAAGAUUUAAAGCUCAA